AUAAUGACACAUGUAGAAUGUACACACUCUAAUGAUUCUUCUUUCUCAAAUCUUUCAUUCAUUAAUCGACAAGAAAACAAACAGUCGGACGAUUCGCUGGGAGAGGACGAUUUGCCUUCAAAGAAUGCGCCUUUGUUAGACUCUGUAGAAUCUAAUUUAGAUAUUGCCCUAACAGAUGACGAAAUUCAUUCAGACCGAAAUUUCUAUCGGCGAGAAAGCAGAAAUGACGAUUCUUCCGAAGAAUUUUUCUCCCCUGAUAUGAGACCUAUUGGAGGCACCGAUAUGACUGUAGGCCAUGUGCGCAUAUUAGAUCCCAAUGAGCAGAUCGGGAAUGCCUCCGUCUUUUCAGCUCUUACUUCCAAUGAAGCAUCUUUAAUUGACGACGCUAAUGUAGAUGUGGAUAUUGAAGCUGUUUCUGAUGAUAAUUUUACUGUGGAUGAGAGGAUGUUCCAUAAAACGGCAGUCAAAGAUUCCGCCAAAUUAAUCGAACAAUUGAGAAUCGAUAACUUCAAUUUGAAAUUGAGAAUUUAUUAUUUCGAACAAGAUUCGUCGCUCACAGAUAAAGAUCUUCGCAUUCAACAAGCGGGAAACGAGGCACUUGACUAUGUACUCGGCUCGAGUAGUGCUUCCAGAAAGAAUGUCAACCUGCACUUGGAGAGGGACCAAAUUCGAGAAAAGCUAACGGAGAAAGAGCGACUGCUAGAUGAUGCAAAAAAAGUUAUCGGCACAUUCUCUAAAGAUGAUUCUAUGCUGAGAGAUGAAAAAGCUUCAAAUGACCGCGAGAUGUCCAAGUUGAAGCAGAACUACGAGUUUUCGAUUUCCAAUUUGAAACGAGAGUUAGGCAGAAAAGAUGAUGAAAUUGACAAGCUUCGAAACAAAUUUGUCUCCAAUUCUGUACAUAGUCCUAUCGAGUCUCGGACACCACCGUCUUCAUUGUCUCGCAGCGGAGAAAAACUGUGCUACAAGUGCAAUAGCAGAGCAACAUUUACAUCACCAGAUAGAAGACUUAACAUCGAAGCCUUGGAGUCGAAACUGGACAAAGCAACCAAGGAGCUGGAAAGCAAAUCGAAAGAACUUGAAAUGAAAACUAGAAUAAUGUCAGCGUAUGAAGAGAAGCUAGCUCGCAUUGAGGCCGAGCACAUGUCGCACAGUGACACAGAGGCGGCUGCGAGAGUGUCAAUAUCAGCCGAAUCCCAACUGAGGACAGUGACCGAGGAGAGAGACCAGCUGAAGAGAAGUGUGAGGAGUAAAGAGAGGGACUUAGCCAGUGCAAUGGACCAGGUGCAGCAGUUGCAUAAACAGAUGGCAGACAAGCACGAACAGGUGCAGCAACUGCAGAGUGAUCUUCGUCGCAGCCAGACUCAAAUGGAGGAGAAAGAGAAUGUAGUUGAGAGUGGAAGGGUGAAACUAGAUAGAGCUCUGAGGGACAAGGCAGACUUGGAGGAGAAGAUAGUGGGUCUGGAGAGUGCGAUGAAGGACGGUGUCAACCACUCGGUUGUUUAUCAAAAGUGGAAGGAAGAAGUGCGUGAGCUGCAAAGCCAACUGGACGAGUUAAAUCUGAAUAUGAAAUGCAAAUCAGUCGAGCUGGAAAACUGCAGGAAAGAAAAAGAAAAACUAGAACUUCAGCUAGAAACCAGCGAAGCGAAACUCAGAGAAAAUAACUAUGAGCGGAAAAAGGUGGCAGAGGAAUUGGCUACGCUGCAGAAAAACGUGGAAGACGCGGAUAAAAAAUCCUCGGAACAAAAAUACAGCAUAAACUCGCUUUUGAAGGAAAACUCGAAAGCGGCUAUGGAAAAAGAGGAUUUGAAAGAACAAAUACAAGAUUUGAAAAAUGACUUGGAACGGUCGUCUCGAAGCGUGAACGAAUUGGAGGCCAAAAAUCGACAAUUGAUGCAGGAAAAAGGAUCGCAGGGGGAAAAUUUGGAUAAAAUUAAGAAAGAAGUUAAAAACAUGCAGACAAAAUUGCAACAACUCGAAGUCCAAAACGAGCAAAAAGAUUCACAAUUAAAAGAUGUAGAGAAAAAAUUGAAAGAUCUUAAGGAAAAAUUAAGUGAGGAAGAAGAUUUGAACAGUUCUCUCAGAAGCGAAAACAGCAAACUGAAAAGUACGGAAUCGGAAAAAGAACAAUUUUUGGAUAAAAUUUAUGGUCUUGAGAAAGAUUUGAACCGAACGAACGAUAUGUUGAAUGAAAGAGAAAAAGAUGUUGAAGAUUUGAAAUCGGCUAAAGAAUCUUUGGGAAGGAGUCUGAACAAGCUGGAAACCGAAAAUAGUGUUUUGAAGUUAGAGUUAGACAAAAGAUCCGAAGAAAUCAAAUGUUUCAAAGAACGUGUCGACGAUUACCAAGACAAAUUGGCGCAACUAGAUUCAGAAGUAAAAGCGAAAAAGGAUUUGUUGAUGCAAGCAAAUAAAGAUUUGGGCAACAAGGAGCACGUUAUAAAUUCGUCACUGACUGAACUGUCUUGUCUAAGAACUCAAGUUGACUCUUUGAAAUCGCAGCUUUUAAGCGCAAACAGACGAAUCGAAGAGUUGGAAAAUUCAAAAUUAGAGUUCGGAAGUUUGAUCGAAGAAAAAGAAAAGGAACUGAAAGAUGUUAAGCUUAAAAGUCAACAAGAUUCGGACAAUGUUGAUAAAAGGCUGGAAGAAAAUAACAGAGAACUUCAGUUCGCUUACCAGAAGGCUGCGCAACUGGAAAAGAGCGAAAAGGAAAAUAGAGCAAACGUGGAACGGAUGAAGUUUGAUAUGGAGGACAGAGAAAAAUCCCUGAGACAAGAAAACGGUCAAAUUGAGAAACAGUUAAAAAGUGUAAAAGAUGAUAAUAGUAAGCUGAGAAAAGAGGUAGAAAACCUUAUUUCCUCGAAUUCGUCUAAGGCCGAUAUUAUCGAUGGUCUCAAAAGUAAACAGCAAGACAUAGAAAAGGAAUUAGCAAAGAAUUCCGAUCAUAUGGCCAACGAAAUAAAAGGUCUAGAUUCGACCAACGAUAAUUUGAAACGCCAGCUGAAAGCGUUAGAAAAUAGCAUGUUUUCUAAGGAAAACGAAAUCGCAAACCUCUUAGGUAAAAUAAACGAGCAGGGAGAGAUAAUCGAUCAUUUAGAAAAAGUUAAAUCAGAACUAGAAAGUGAGAAUUCAAAACUGAAAUCGGGAAUGAAGGAACUCGAAAACGAAAAGUCAUCGCAUGUUGGGUACAUCAAAGAACUGGAAUCAGAUAUAAUGAAAAUCAAAGAUACGAUCUCUCAACAUGGCUAUGGUAAAUUAGAACUUGAACAUGACAACAAAAAACUGAGAUCACUUCUUAAAGAUGUCGAAGAUGAGAACUCGGAGUUAAAGAGCAAGAUCGAUGAACUGAGAUCAGAAUUAGAGGAAAGCAAAAUAUUAAUUGAUAAAGAGAAGAAAAAUGGCAUUAAACCCCAGAGCUCCAAUGAUUUGCAGCGACCAGCAUUUAGACGAGAAAAAACUCUUUACCCUAUGAGUUCAGGGGAAAAAUUGGCAAAUACUUCAUUGUUUGAUAAUUAUCACACGACUAGCGACGAGUUGAAAAAACUUCUCGUUGAAUCGAACAACGAUUUAGAAUUGUCAAGACAAAAGGUGAAUGACCUAGAAGCAGAAGUGUCUAGACUAAAGCAACAGAUUCUGAAAAGCGAGAAUAUUUUUGAUGACAUGCAAAGCAAACUUGAAGUUGAAAAGAAACGUAACAUUGAUUUGAAGUCGUCAAUUGAAGCGGAUUCGGCUAAACAAGCAAGCAAAAAUAAUAGUUCUGUUAUGUUUGAAGAGUUUUCUCAAACCGAUGGUGGCGAGAUUAACGAUUACUCUCAACUUUACCAGCAUUUGUCACGAUUAGCAGCUGUAUCAAGUGGUGAAAACCAAUAUGGAACCGAAGCUUCUCUGGCAGAUAUUUUGGCACUAGUUGAGAAAAUAACCCAGAAGUUGCAAAAGUAUAAAUCUGAGAAUAAAGCAAAAGAGAAGCAAGUCAGCAGUCUGAAGGCGAAAAUAGAGGAAUUGGUUCGGUUAAAUGAUUCUUCAUGCAACCUGAGCGAAACAGCGUCAACUGUUUCCGGAUUUGAUGUGCAAUAUAGUAACAAGCAGUUCGCUAAUGAAUAUCAAGCUAAACAUAAACAGCUAUACACUGAAGACCAAGUUGACGGUAAUGCCUGUCCUGUUUGUGGCAGGUCGGAUUCGAAGAAAGAUCAAGUCGAGGGUCCUUCAAAAAAGAAAUCUGAGGAAGAAGAAGAGUUUCGGAAAAAGAAUCUGAAAAAAACUGAGACGUUUAGCUCCAAAAAGAACGAAAAAGAAAAAGAAAGCAUCUCAGAUGAGUAUUUAAAGAGAAUGAAACAAGAGUUGCGUUCGAAGAACGAAGAAUUGGCAUCAGUUAAACUGCAGUUUGAGCAGUAUAAAAUCAGUGCGACCCAAAAGAGGGCAGAUCUGUCCGAGACAGUUGCCCAGUUGAACUUCACAGUUGGGAAUCUGCAGAGGCAGAUGGAAAGCAUGCAGUCGCAGGCAGUCGAGCAGACACGAAAUGACGACUUGGAUCAGUGGAAUAAAGAGGAAAAGAUGAACGGGAGAAGUGAGGAACGGAAGGAAAAACAGUCUGAGAAGGACUAUAAAAAGAUAGUGGAAGAUCUGGAAAAAAUGUUAAAGAAGCAAGAAGUUGAUGGGAAGAAGAAAGACGCUGUUAUACAGUCUCUGGAGGAGGGAUGCAAGGAUAUGGAGACCACUUUCACCUCCACAGUGACUUCUCUGCAGGAUCUUCUGCAGACAAAGGACAAGGCAGUGCAGGGACUGUGUGACCAGAUGACACGCCUCAAAGACCAGAACUCAACUCUGAAACGCCAGUUAUCCAAACUGAACAAGAUGAAAGCUGAGACUAAAGAAAAAGCCAAUAGCGUUGCAAGUUCCGAGAACAGCGCGGAUGAGCAAAAGAUUUCGAGCGGCAAUGAAGAAGAGCUGAAAAAUGUGAAUGAGUUACUCCAAGCUAGUCAGGAGGAACUGGAGACGAAGAUGAAAGCGAUGCAAAGUGAACAUGAGAACCAAUGUCGAGAUUUGUAUGAUAAAUUGGUUGAAGCGGAACAGAGUGUGGAGAAGUUAUCUUCAGUGCUGACCACUCGGCAGAAGGAGCUCAACCAACUCAGCUCCGAGAACUCAAAAAGACGCUUUGGCUAUAGAUACAGAGAGCGAGUUGAAGCCUUAGAGCAGCAAAUGAAGUCUACGAGUAACACCAUAGACAGUGUACUGCAACAGCAGUCGUCCCCUGGCUCUUCCUCCUCUGAAGAUAGGGACCACAGGGGUUAUACCACUGGAUGUGGGAAGACAUCAGUGACUAGAAGCAAGCAUGCUGGUGUUCAAGUGAAUAAAUCUAACGUCAGGGAUCAAUAUGAGAUUUCAAGUCAGACACAUUCAGAGGGCAAAGAUGUGGUUACUCAAACGGAUAUGCGUCAUCAGAGAAAAAGCAGCAGAGAAGCAGCGAAUGAGGAUCAGUUUGACGAAAAUGACUCAGACGAACCAGUUAUCAAACAGCUGGAUAAUUACAGAUUGCAACUUCUGUCGGCUGAAGCGGAUUAUAAACUAUUGAAUGACAAGUUCAUAGCUAUGAAAAGCGUCCUCUCCCUCCAGGCCGAAAAAAUCCGAGCACAGCGUCAGCUACUGAAGUCAACUGUGGCAUCGCAACCUUCUCAAGAACCAACUGGUGUUGAUGAAGGAGGAAAUGUGUCUCAGAGAAGCAAGCAGUCAUCUUCAAAAAACCCACACAGGAUGGACUCGUUCGAACUUGGGCACGAGAAAAAGCAACCAGUUCCUAGAAGUAGCGUGUCUCCCCCAAGGAUGAAAGAGAAGAAAGGGGCGGCGAUGGAUAAUAGGACGCUGGAACAGAAAGAUAACUUGAGGGUAACUGGAACGUCGUCCAGUGCAAUUGGGAGAAAUCCAUUGGCCAAGUCAAACAAUUCAGAACACGACACUAGCAGACAUAGUUUGUCCCGAGAGGGAACUAGACAGGAUCUACUGCAUCAUCAGCAGGGACAGGGGGGACCACAGAGCAAGAGUAGCUCAUUGCUGGAGCUCAGAUCCAAUGUACCUCUCAUAUCAACUUCCAAACAAGCCUCAGGAACCAAUGCUAGCAACCCUUCAGAGGAGAGCGAGGAAAGCGACGAGAGGUGGGAUGGGGAAGGCACUCAGCCAUUUGAGGUGCACGAGGAGUCGGAAAGUGACCAGCAGGCAAGUGGUGCCGAGGAUGUACCCCCGAGGAGUCCAAAAUACGAUACGGAUAACAUGCAUAUGCCUAAUAUUGGAGAUCUGAUGUUUGAAGUGCAGCGACUGUCCAAGCUGAUGAAGAGCCACGACUCCAACACAGUCAAGAUGCUGAAGCAAAUCAGUUCCAAAAAGGGCCACGAAGGAACUCAGAGUAUGACCAGAGAUGAUAAAAGAUCUGGGUCCAAUCUCCUGGUCAAUACUUCCACGAUAGGUGUAGACCAACAUACGCCACCUACGAAAGACACGGAUUUCACGCUCAAUUGGAAUAAAGAAAGUGAUGGCAAGGACGCCAUGCGUGAACUAAUGCGUCUCAGCCUGACUUCCGGAGUGCUCUCAACGCACCAGUAUCUCAUCGCCCGCAUCCAGACCCAGUUCUCACGGGACACUAACGUGAUUGACAGUCUGAAGACGGAUCUGAAGAAACAAGUGGACGAGACUGAAGAACUGAAACACUGUCUCAGUCAUCUCACUCUGGCAUCUAAGCGACUAGAGGAGUGCCUAGAACAGUCGCUUCAAAUAGUUCAAUGUAUAGUGUCUGAUUCGCAACCAGAGAGGCCUCCGGACACCAAAUACUCGGAAUUGAAGAAAUCUCUGGCUCAUCUGAACAACCAAAAAAGCAUUCUUACCAGUUUCCACAGCAAUCCUAGUAGUGGUGUUUCCAUCGACGUUAGUCAAGCUAGUCGAAAUCUUUUGGAUCAGCUGAUGAAGGAACAAGAAGAAAUUAACCCUCACAGAUACUCCUCCAAGCGCAGUGAUGAUCCAGAGCUGCAGAUUGAGUACAUGUGUGAACAGAAUAGACCCAAAAUGACAGCUCUGAUGAAUGACAACAAGCGACUGGUGGAGAUUCUGGAGCGGAAGGACGCAGAGAUUGACUACCUGCUGAGGACGAGGAGGGGCAAUACUAGUGGAGCAAACAGUAACCAAGUGCCAUCUACUAGAAGUCAAGAUAGUAUUAGAUAUGAGUCGGAGCACCAGAGAGACGCCAGUGAGCGAGUGUGCAUGUUGACGGACAAACUGACGAAGCUGCUGGACGAGAACAAACAGCUCAAGCAGUGUGUCAGGGGACUCGAUAGAUCGGAAACACUGUGUAAAGGUGGUAAUUUGGUUCAGACGGGAGGAAGUGGUUAUGACUGUGGUGUGGUGGUGGGGACUACAUUUACUCUGUUCCACCAGCUGAGAGAUCAGAUCUCGGAUGCGCGGAUAUUAGCCAAGACGGCCUCUGUCAGACUGAAGGACAGGCUGGACUGCGGACCCACCAACUCAUUCUCACAUCUAAAUUCCUCAUCAAACUCAACUGCGGAUAUUCCACUGCUGGGAUCCUUAGCGCGCGACGUCUCAUCAGUCGCCAAAAUACUGGAAGUAUGCCAGGACUUCCUUCUCAAGUUCAAACGAGUGUACUUUGACCAAAUGUCGUCUUCCAUCCAAAUGUCUUCCUACACUGGAGUCACCGCUGCUGCUACAACUGGUCACCACACUUCAGACAGUGUGAACAAACUCCAGAACCACUCGAGAAGUGCGCUUCUAACCGACAGUGCUAAUGAACGAACAGCGAUCCAUUCGGGGAAUGGCGCAGUUCCAGGAACAAUGAGUCAUCGCAGGGAUAUGUUGAAUGGUCACUUACUGUUUUCAGCUGCCAAAAACAAACUAAAAGCUAAUAACAAUGGUCGUCUUAGCUCACACUACUCUUCUUCAUACGUAAAGUGAACUCACUUGAUUUCGUAACUUAUUCAAAAAAUAAAACUAUAGAAGCAAAUUAUUUAAAAGCUAUUUAUGUGUCCAUAUGACAUACGUGUUCAAAACCUAGCUUUGCAAUAUAACUUUAUGUACUAUUUGUGUACUUCGCAAUACCUAGUUGCAGUCAAUGCCUACUGUCUUCACCACUCGCUACUAAUUUGUACUUCGUUUUGUCUAAAUUUUCACAACUGUUUUUCAUUUGAUGUUAGAUGUACUUAGUUAUUUUACCAUGUUUCUUCGCGUUCUAUGUAUUUAUUUUAACGUAUUCCUUAGCUGGUAUCUUAAUAAUCUCUGUAUUCUUCUGAAAUUGUGUCUUAAAUGUCGGCUUCCUGUUUACUUUUCAUUUAACAUUGUUAUCGAUUAUUUUUGAGAUAGAUUUACUAAUUUCAAAGUUAUA